AUGCCGAGGAAGAGUAAGAAGUCACAGGUUGCAAGCCAGCGCUGGCAGGGGUUACAUGACAUUGACCGUGUAAAAGCAGAUGGUGUUCCUCAGAGCAUUGGAGAGGUAAAGAAGUCUGAAGUAUGUGAUGCUGAGAAACAGAGAGGUGAAAGUGCGUCAUGUCAACCACAGGUAUCUUAUACAGACAUGCCAAAGAGGAGAUGUGUAAGUGAGUCACCUGCAGCAGGUCCGUCUAACACUAAACAGGUAAACCGCAGAGGUGAAACCAAUGAUCCAGGUGUACAACAGGUAACAUAUGCAGACAUGGUAAAGAGAAAACUUGCUAGUGUGUCACGUACUGCCGGUCCAUCCAACUCUGGUCAGAUAAACUACGUAGCCCAAACUGACAAGCCAUGUUCAACCCAGGUAUCAUAUCCAGACACUGUUAAGAAGGGAAACCACAGUAAUUAUCAGUCUGUAUCAGGCUCUUCUCGGGUAAGAAAUGUUAACUCUGUUAAUCAGUCAGGUGAAAAAAACGUCUGUGCGUCACGCAGCCAAGCGUCUCUGAAAUACGGCCGAUCCAGAAACCAGCAGUGCACCUGCAACUCACUGACAUUUCUAGCAUUCCUGUAUGAGAGCGAACACAUCACCAGAGCAGAUCUGGACCGUGUUUUGGAUAAAGGUGAUGCGAUGUACAGAGAAAUCAGAAAAACUGUUGAUCACGCCCAUCUGACAACCGAUGAGCUACCUGACCAGGUUCCCGCCCGCAGACACGUGCAGACUGUUGACAAGUUACAGCUGUCUAGAUACGGUACGUUUGGAGAUCCGCAUCCCGGAGCUGUUGAUACCUUUCUGGACCUCGAGAUGGGACUGAGCUGCUUAUUAACAGAUGUGCAGUAUGCUUUGCUGCUAAUGACUUCGUUGUGCAUUGCAGUUUUCAGAACCAGAGAUGGCAGGUACGGUUUCUUUGACCCACAUGCUCGGACAGCUAAUGGUUUGCCUCUGCUUAAGGCCACACCUACUCCUGGAACCGCUGUCAUGGUAACAUUCACACGACUCAGUGACAUGAUUCAACGGCUCAUCAGGUAUCACCAUAUAUUGGGCACAGUAGGGUCCUGUACCUAUGAGCUCAAGCCAGUUGUGUUUUGUGAUGUGAACCCAAGUGAUGCUAUCCCAGCCACAGAAAGUCCGUCCACAAGUCCCUCUGUCACAACCACUGUGAUAAAUGAUGACACAAGUGCCCCACAGAUGAACACUGAUGUCCAUGAAAACACUGAAUGUGACAUGGAAACUGAACCAGAACCACUGAUCGACUUCAGCCAGUGUUCUGUCACAUUAACUGGUCCUGAAAUUCUCACUCCAGAGAUGAACACUACUGUAGGUGAUGACACAUCACAGAAAGCCUCAACUUUGAUGGAAAAUCAAGCUCAUCAAUCAGGUCAAAUCAACAAUAAUUCUGUCACAUUAGAGGAAACUCAACAGACACAAUCAGAUUUGACACAACCAUUGAUAACGAUCCCCGUUGCUAGUGACAAAGUUAUCCAUGACAUCUCCACUGAACUGUCCAAAUUAAGCAAACAGCAAAAAAAGAAAUUUAAGAGGAGACUAAUGAGAUCUGGAAAGACAUCUGAAAAGAAAGAGAAUCAAAAAAGGAGAGAGAGAGAAAAGUAUGCUAAGAAUGAAACAUACAAAGCAAAGAAAAAGUCUUAUUCAAGUGAGAAAUACUCUGUCAAUCCUGAAAUACAAACAAAGAAAAGACAAAAGAUCACAACUAAAUACAGAGAAAGCACAGACUUCAGACUAAAACAAAAACAAUAUAUCACUAACAAAUACAAAGACAAUGUUGAAUAUAAAGGUAGACAAAAAGAAUAUAUCACAAAAAAAUACAGAGAAAAUGUUGAUUUUAAAGGCAAACAAAAAGAAUAUAUCACAAAAAAAUACAGAGAAAAUGUUGAUUUUAAAGGCAAACAAAAAGAAUAUAUCACAAAAAAAUACAGAGAAAAUGUUGAUUUUAAAGGCAAACAAAAAGAAUAUAUCACAAAAAAAUACAGAGAAAAUGUUGAUUUUAAAGGCAAACAAAAAGAAUAUAUCACAAAAAAAUACAGAGAAAAUGUUGAUUUUAAAGGCAAACAAAAAGAAUAUAUCACAAAAAAAUACAGAGAAAAUGUUGAUUUUAAAAGCAAACAAAAAGAAUAUAUCACAAAAAAAUACAGAGAAAAUGUUGAUUUUAAAAGCAAACAAAAAGAGUAUAUCAGGAACAAAUACUCAGAGGAUGUUAAUUUCAGGCAAAGACAGCAAUCCUUCAUCCAUCAUCGAUAUGCAAAUGAUGAAAUAUUCCGUUAUCGACACAGACAGCUGAUGAGACAAAUGAUGCGAGACAGGUACAAGACAAAGCUUACAGACAGGAUGAUGCAUAAAAUUAAAUGUGCAUUGAAAAUAUCAAAGAAAUACAAACGGAUGAGUAAACAAACACAUGAGACUGACAGAGAGAGUGAAAACCCUCUUAUUGAAAGUGCCAUAAAUAUUUUCCGAUCACACAUUAAAGCUGGUCCCACCUAUGUUUGCACGGUUUGUCACAAAGCCUCAUUUCCAAACCAAGUAAAAAAGUGCAAGAGGUCCAACUAUGUGAAAAAUCCAAUCAUGGUUUCAGCUUGUCUCAAAGGUCAGUACGUCCAUGAGUGUAAUGAUAACUGCAGAAAUCAGUGCACUGUCCCUGAUGAGAGGAAGACUGAGUGGAUUUGUCACACCUGCCAUGACCAUCUGAAAAAUGGAUCCAUGCCCAAACUUGCCAUAGCAAACAACUUGGAGCUUGCUGACAUACCACCUGAGCUGUGUGACCUCAACAUACUGGAGAGACAUCUGAUAGCAAAGUGCAUAACAUUUGCUAAAAUCAUUCCUCUUCCCAAAGGCAGACAGAGAGCUAUACAUGGUAAUGUUGUAUGUGUUCCCUCUGAAGUCCAGGAGACAAUUCAGGCUCUACCCAGAUUGAGAAAUGAGUCUCAGGUGAUGAGAGUAAAACUGAAGAGACGCUUGAGUUACAGAGGUCACCAUCUGUUUCAGACUGUUACCUGGUCCAAGCUAGUGCAGGCUCUGCAUAAACUGAAAGAGAUACACCCCCAGUAUGAAGACAUCACUAUUAGAGAUGAGGAGGAGUUAUGUGACCCCACACUUCCUGAUGAUGAGGAUGAGGAUGAUGAUGAUGAUGAUAACACAAUGAAUGAUGACGACUAUGACGAUGAGGAUUUGAUGGAAAUUGAUAGAAUUGAGGCUGCUGCCAUGUAUGAGGCUGAAACUAACACUGAAACUGAGGAUGAAAACACAGAGCUGUGUGAUAAAAGUCAGACCCAGGACAAUGAUGAUCAGACACAACAACAGGAUGCAGACAUAUCUAAUGGUGGUGUUGUUUUGGAGUCGUGCCUUCAGCCACGGGAUGUUUCUGAGGAGAUAUUGUGUUUCAGUGACUCUACAUACUCAGUAGCUCCAGCAGAGAGAAACAAUCCAGUCAGUUUUUUCAAAACACCCAAACUAGAGGCCAUGGCGUUUCCUGUUCAGUUUCCCACUGGUGAGAAUACACUGGAUGAAAACAGACCCAUGAAACUAUCACCCAGUAGUUAUUUUAAAGCAAGGCUCUUUGGUGUUGAUGAUCGCUUUGCCAAAGAUACCAACUACCUGUUCUUUGCACAGUUUGUGACUGAAAUACACUUGGCUACCUCCAGCAUGUCAAUACAGUUACGCAAAGGCAAACCUUUGACCAGAGACGGACGUAAAAUAACAUCCAGAAUGUUGAGAGACAAAUAUGAAGUGGAGAGACUGGUGAGAAACAGAGAUGCUAUCAGAUUUAUGCAGCCGCUCAGAGGAACACCAGCCUACUGGGACAAAACUACAAAAGAUCUGUUUGCUAUGAUCAGACAGUUGGGCAGUCCUACUUUCUUUGUCACAUUUUCUGCAGCAGAAAUGCGUUGGCCUGAGGUGAUUAUUGCAAUAAAAUUACAACAAGGUGAGGAGGUGAAUUUUGAAGAGCUCGACUGGUCCACAAAGUGUGACAUUCUGAGAAGCAAUCCUGUGACAACGAUGCGCAUGUUUGACAAGCGUGUUGAAGCACUGUACAGAGAUCUGAUCAUGUCUCCUGCACAACCCCUGGGCAAAGUUUUUGACUUCUUUUGGCGUCUCGAGUUUCAGCACAGAGGAAGUCCUCAUAUACAUGGUCUUUUGUGGGUAGAAGGUGCACCUGUGUUUGAGAGAGACUCUGAUAAAACUGUGUGUGACUUUGUGUCCAAACACAUCUCUGCUCAGCUCCCUGACCCAAACAAACAGCCUGAACUGUACAAAAAGGUCAAAGAAGUGCAAAUACACAGUAAGAACCACUCCAAAGACAUGUUUCAAAAGUGCAAGUUCUGGAUGCCGAUUUGGAUUCCCAAAACCACCCUCCAGACAGACAAUGAUAACAAGACCUGUGGGUGAUGAUGAGGAGUCAGAGAGACUUAAGAGAGCCAAAGAGAAACUUGCACCACUGAAUCAGCUGCUGAAUGAGACACAAACUGAAUCCAUGAGUUUUCAACAGCUCCUGUCUGUCUGUGACUUAACCGCUGAUGAGUACGAGAAACACAUGAAUGUGAUGAGUCAGUCCAGCAACAUCAUUCUGAAGCGUGAGCCAAAAGACUGCUGGGUAAACACCUACAACCCUCACCUGCUCAAAGCUUGGGAUGCAAACAUUGAUGUGCAGUUCAUUCUCAGCUACUACAGUCUGAUCCAUUACAUAUGUACGUACAUGUGUAAAAGUGAGAACUCUGUGAGCCAGUACCUGCAAACACUCAUUCAGAACUCCGACAGAGAAUGUGUCAAUGAAUGUGAUGAAAUGAAAGCGGUCAUGCAGGCGUAUUCAAAAAAGCGAGAAGUAUCAGCACAAGAAGCUGUUGCCCGAGUGACUUCACUGAACAUGAAAAAGAGUUCACGCAGUGUGGUUUUUGUCCCAACUGAUGACAACCCAGUGAAAAUGAGUCUGCCUGUGUCAAGCCUUGACAACACAACACCAGACAGCUUGAAUGUGUGGAUGACAUCCUUAACAGACAAGUACAAAUCCAGACCUGAAUCACCAGAGUUUGAAGAGAUGUGCAUGGCUGAUUUUGCUUCUACCUGCAGACUGGUGUAUGGACAACAGACCAAGGGCAAGAAAGUGGUACCUUUGCUGAAUGAACUAGGCUUCAUACAGAGACGAGAAAGUGACAACGCUGCUGUCAUCAGGUAUCGCCGCAUAUCCAAAGAGAAAUACCCUGAGCAGUUUUACGGCACAUUGCUUAGACUGUAUCUUCCAUACAGAUCAGACGAUGAGCUGAAAAGACCAUAUUUUCCCACAUAUGAGUCAUUCUAUGAGAGAGGUGUGGUUCAGCUGCCGUAUUCUGACCGACCCCUGAGUGUGAAACUCAUCGUGAAAAGAAACAGAGAGAGAUAUGAAAAAAACAGUGAGGAAAUUGACUCUGCUCUCGAGGACUUUGAACAGAACAGAGGUGUGGUCGAUGAAUGGUGUAAUUUGGCACCUGAAUCUGAACUGGUGAGGUUGGAGUGUAUCGAUGAACUGGACGCCAGACAGUGUGAAAAUGUCCAAGAGGAUGUACCAGAUUACAGCAGACAAGCAAAUGCUGCUACAGAGGCCAGAGUCAUGAGAGAGCCCCCUACAAUCGAUCCCACACAGUUACGACAAAUGUAUCAGAGUCUGAACCAGAAACAGGCGUGUGUGUUCUAUGCAGUGAGAGACUGGUGCAUAAAACGAGUCUGUGGACCACAACCAGAGCAGUUUUUCUACUACAUCAAUGGUGGUGCUGGCACUGGAAAGUCACAUCUCAUUAAAUGCAUUCAUUCAGAAGCAUCAAAGAUUCUGAGAACACUACCUAGACGUGCAGAGGAAGCUGACAUCUCAAACCCAACUGUGCUGUUGACUGCUUUCACCGGAACUGCAGCCUUUAACAUCUCUGGAACAACACUGCACUCUCUCCUCAAGCUGCCCAGAAGUUUGAAACCUCCUUUUCAAGGUCUUGGGAACCAACUUGAUGAAAUCAGGUGUGAGCUUUUAAACGCUGAAAUCAUCAUCAUUGAUGAAAUCUCCAUGGUGUCGAAGCCUCUGUUUGCCUAUGUGGAUGUGAGACUGAAACAGAUUAAAGGCAGCCACAGACCCUUUGGAGGAAUGUCAGUCAUUGCUGUGGGAGACUUUUACCAGCUACCGCCUGUGCGACAGUCCAAACCACUCUGUGUCUAUGAUCCAAGUGAGCUUGACCUCUGGAGAGACAACUUCCAGGUGAUCACUUUAGAUGAGAUCAUGCGACAGAAAGAUGACAAAACUUUUGCCGAGAUGCUGAACAGACUCCGUGUGAAAACAAGGUCAGAUGAGAUUUCUGAAGCUGACAGAGCUCUGCUGUCACAGCGUGUCACUGAACCACAACGGUGUCCCUCUGAUGUCCUGCACAUUUUUGCUACAAACAAACAAGUCGCAGCACACAACUCUGCCACACUAUCUCUGCUCCAUUCUGAUAUCACCACCAUUGAUGCAGACGACUUUAAAAAGGACCCACACACUGGACACAUGAAAAGACAAGGUGCACCAUGUCAUGGAAGCAGAAAUGAUCUACCUGACACACUAGAUGUUGCAUUAGGUGCUAGAGUCAUGCUUACCAGAAACAUUGAUGUGUCUCAAGGAUUGGUGAACGGAUCAUUUGCUACAGUAGGCCGUAUCAUAAGCUCUGAAAACAACGGUUCUGCUCUUGUCACUAUGCUUGGUCUCAGGAUGGAUGAUGAAACAGCUGGCAGGAGCUAUCGUACUCGAGGAGACAAUCUUGUGUACAUCGAGAGAUCUGAGGAGGCUCUGCAACAGAAAGGAGUGGUACGCAGACAGUUUCCUGUGAAACUUGCCUUUGCAUGCACGAUACACAAGGUUCAAGGUAUGACCAGAAAAUCUGCUGUUGUCUCUCUGAAGCACAUUUUUGAGCCCGGCAUGGCCUACGUAGCUAUCAGUCGAGUGACCUCUCUCAGCGGACUGUACAUGCUUGAUUUGGAUGAGAGUAAAAUCCAUGCUAACCCUGCAGUCACUGUAUCUUUGGAGACCAUGACGCAAGCUAACUUUGAUCACCUCAUGCCUUUUCUCCAGAUCCAGCAUUCUCUCAGCAGACAGGACACUGUGAGCAUCAUUCAUCACAACACCGAAGGAUUACCUGCUCAUGUGAAUGACAUCAAAAGCCAUCAUGAACUGUGUCUUGCAGAUGUUUUGUGUCUGACAGAAACUCACCUACAGGGCUCCUUUGUGGCAGACAGUCUCCAGUUUGAGGGCUACACCAUGUUCAAACGCAACAGACAUUUGUCCUACACUAACUUUCCACAGAUGGCCAGUAAAGGAGGUGGUGGAGUCGCUGUUUAUGUGAAAAACCAUUUGCAGGUUGUGGAGAAACAGUACCUGAAUAAUGUGACUGACCUCGAGUUUGUGGCUUUGAAGGUUGAAUCUCCUGUAAGUGCUCUGAUUGCAGCUGUGUACAGACCUCCAGACUACAGUGUGCCAUCAUUCCUGUCCAAUCUGGGAAGCCUUCUGGACUCACUUGAGAUCAUGGACUGUCAUCCCAUCAUCGUCUGUGGCGACUUCAAUGAGAAUCUCUUUUCAAAUGCAAGUAAGCCAAUUUUGGAUUUCUUUCAGUCCAAGGGAUAUGGUCAACUGAUCACUGCUGCUACAACGGACAAGAACACACUGCUGGACCUGAUCUUCAUCUCACGACCUCAGCUAUGUCUCUCCUCAGGUAUCAUGCAGACGUACUACAGUUACCACAACGCCACUUACUGUGUCAUUUCAUCCAACAGGUCAUAGAGGAAACUGCUCUGAAGGAAAAGACAAACCAGAGAAGUUGUGGCUAAUGUUCAGCUCAUAUUUUUAUUAGAAAUUGAAAUGUGUUUGGUGUAUGUAAAAUUUUCUGGUGCAAAAAAUAUUUUUAUGGCUUAAUUUCAACAUUUUCAGGUAGUACAAUUUUUAACUAUUCAAAUGUAAUAAAUCUUAUUUUUUGGCCUGUGCAUUUAUCAAGUCCAGUCAAGUCAAGUUAAUCCAUUUAACUUGACUUGACUGGACAUAGGGAGGGUGGGUGCGGAUUGAUAAAUGCACAGGCCAAAACUCUCAGCUGCUGUGUACAAUACUGUAUACAGCAGCUAAAAUUAAAAACCUCCAUCAGAAAGUGUGUGUUCCCUAAUGAACACACACUUUCUGAUGUUCUGUGACCUACCAGCUGAAACCCCCAAACCACCCAACUUAACCCUACUGUCUUAGUGUGGGUGGCUUUAAGUACAUUACAGCAAACCUAAGUUUCCUUUUCUUUGGUUUUUUUUUUUAUUUCCAGUUGUAUCCUCCGUCUUUGACCUGAUCUCAAAAAUACUGUCCUAACUACCUCUCUGCAAGCUGAAAAAAUUGUCAAAUUGUCAGCCAAAAGUGAACAAAUCUCCUGUAAGUACAGUAGAGCAAACCUAAGUUUCCUUUUGUUUGGGUAUGUUUUGGUUUUUUUAUUUAUUUAUUUAUUUUCAGUCGUAUCCUCCAUCUUUGACCUGACCUUUAUCACUACAUGAGUAUUGUCCUGACUACCUCACUGUAAGCUGAAAAAAUUCUCAAACAAUUCUCAAAAUUGUCAAUCAAAAGUAAACACAUCACCUGUAGUGAUGUGUUUAACCUAACCUAAGUUUCAUUUGUUUGGGUAUGUUUUGUUUAUUUAUUUAUUUUUGUUUUUUCUGUUGUAUCUGUCAUCUUUGGCCUUACCUCCAUUAGUACUGUCCCAACUAGCUUACUGUAAGCUGAAAAAAUUUUUAAACUGUCAACCAAAAGUAAACAUGUCACAUUUAGGUACACAAGAGCAAACCCAACUUUCCUUUUGUUUGGGUAUGUUUUUGUUUGUUCGUUUGUUUGUUUGCUUUUUUCCCCAGUUGUCUCUGCAAUCUUUGACCUGACCUCCAUUAGUGCUGUCCUGACUACCUCACUGCAAGCUGAAAAAAUUGUCAAACUGUCAACCAAAAGUAAACACAGCACUUUGGACAACUCAAAGACUCAGUCUACCUGCUGCUAAACCCAGUACUUUGUCAGAGGUGAUGAAGAGAUGGCAUCCUCCACACCGUCUCUCUGAUGCUCUCAACAACCAUCACACACUGUGCUGGAGCUGAACACAGACUGCAGCACCCACCAGAACCCUUCUCUCAUGGACUACACAGAUGUGUGUUUUACCUGCUAGUGCUCCAGAUGUCCUGGAGCAGCUCUCAAUGACCACCAGACACCAGGCUGGGGCAGAACUGAUGCUGUCGCACUCACUGGGCUCUUUUCUGCUGAACCUCCCAGAGAUAAGCCCCUCCUCAACAAAGUCUGAGGUAAUGUCUUAGUGAACUUGUGUUCAUUUCUUUACUCUUAGUAAUCUUAGCUGCUGUAUUAUUGCUUGUGACUUCAUUGUACAGCUCUGCUGAUAUCAUUGUCUUUAACAGCAGUGUUUUAUCUCAGCUCUUCUUCAAGCCAGUUAAGAGAGGAAGAACAGCUCAGACACUCGGGCAGAUGAACACAAGCAGCCACCCUAAGGCUUGAGGCUCUGUGUGUGAGGAAACUUUGCUGCAUGCAGACCUGGUGAAGUGGCCCUGAGCAGAAAUAUUUAGCUCUGCUGCAGUGCUGAAGGUAUUCGUUGUAAUGAUGUGUGUAUUUAUUCAACAUGUUUAGUUUAAUAGAUUAUCAACACAAAUGUUUCUUUUUAUUUCCUGUUUUGAACCAGCUACAUUCUACUACUUCAAAUCAAUGUCGGUUCAUCCAUGAUGUAGCCAGUGCAGCUCAGCAGAGUCCCACUGAUGGUGAUCCUACCAGUCCUGCAGUCCUGUGUAAGCUGCAGCAAAUGUCAUCACAUUCAGAUGGUCAGUUCAUCUUCACUGCAGCUUUAAACUUUCCCUGAGGUAACUGUGUAUUUCCUUGCCCCAUAACAACAAUCUUGUUUGACCAACAAACAAAAGCACAGUAUUUCUGUUAGCACGGGAUUUUUGUAUUGAUUGCAGAGUUAAAGUGAAGGGGAUUUUGUUUGUUUUUUUCCACUGAUGCUGUCAAUUAGAACCUUGAGAACUGCACCACAGGUGAAAGGUCAAAAUAUAACCUCACUUUAAACCUUCACUCUGAACUGUACAGGGCUCUGCUUUUGGUUCUGGCCAAAAGUGCCCAACCAGAACACAGUACUCACUUGAGGAACUGACUGAUUGUCUUCAGGACAGGACAACUUUUACUCUUAUAGUGUUUGAAUCCUGUUUUCUACAUUGUGUGAUCAGUUGUAUCUGUUAAUAUUUCAAGUUUCCUUUGUGUUUCUUUGACUUAAUUUUUUUUAAAUUUCAUUUUAGUGUCAUCUUUUCCCUUUACUGCGUAUCUGUCAUCAUAUCAAAAGAUGACCAACACAGAUCAUGAAUACUUAACUUAGUUGUUGCAGGCACCUGAAUUUCUCAUGUUUUAAUAUGCUCGUCAUAUCCCUCCAAGAGAGGACAUGUUUUUAGAAGUAAAUGAUGUACUUUGGGUUUCAGCUGGAAGGUACACUGACGGUUUUUCACAUGUGCUUAGUCUUGGGCUAAUGUUUUGGACAGCAGUGAUCUAAGCAUUACAGGGUCAAACAAUCCCUGCUGAAGGUUAGUCUUCACAAUGCUCAAAACACAGGGCUCGGUUAAACGAGCUGUGUUAAGGGAUUUUAUAGGCGAUCGAAGUUUUUAUGCCUAUUCUUAAAAUGUAAUUCUCCAAAGUAGACGAUUCAUUGAGCAGAAACUAUCCACAUGAAGACAACCCAGCAUUUCAGUAAGUCCGAGUAGUCUGAAUGUCUGGAAAAGAAAACACUGGAAACUAGAAUGCUGACCAGAUUGCCAGUCCACUACAAUGAGCUGAUGACAGUAUUAGCCUUGGUCUAACCACUGUGAAAAGUCUUUUGGUGGUAAGGUUGACCAAUACAUUACAUAAAUGUAUUUCACGUUGUCAGACUAGUCCUCAAUCUUAUCAUUUUAGAAUUUUUUUUUUUGACUCAUUAUCGCACCAAUAUUAAAGGUUUUUCACAUGUGCAAACCUAGCCUUAGGGUCAUCUAAACCCUUAAAAAUAUGUGUAAGAGCCCUGUGUCAGACUCUGAAAUCAAAUACAAGGUCUGUCUUCAAAGCCCACGACACAGGACUUGGCUUAAGGAGCCAUGACAAAUUUUAUGAGCGAACUUUUACAAGGUUUAGUAAUCUGAAAACACAAGAAAAGAGGUGAAUGUGGGUCCAGGGCUGCUGGAGUUUGAAUCCAGUAAGUAACGGGGUGUUUGCCUCAGUCUAACUUCCAUGUGAAGAGCCUUUAAUGAUUGGGCUGAACAAUAUUGAACAAGAUUGAAAGAAAAAAUGGUCACCCGUGCACAGAUUUUCUUGUUUGCUCUAGAUUUUUUUAAUUGGUAUUGUUAUCGGACAACAAAAUGCCUAACCAGUGCACGUGGGGGAGACAUACUUUAUGCGUGGCCACAGCCUGAUGGGCAAGUCCCAUUCUUUUACGAUUAAUGUUGGGAGCGGGACACAGUGCUUCAGGGGCAGCAAUGUUGACUGCCCCGCAGAACUCCAGGCAAGAGCAGAGACCCUGCUGUAUCCGGCGUCACCACUGGUAGUACUCUGUCAUUGCUGGGAGCAGCCAUUGAUCUGGGAAACUAAAAACAUCACAAAUAACAAGAAAAAAAAAUAUUUUUAUUUAUAUUAAUUACCAAAUGCAGAAUUUCCUCCUGUUUGGCUGUCUGCUGCGAGAAAAGUGGUGUCAGGGAAAGAGGCUGUGCCUCUCAGGAAGCUUGGUAACUGCAGCUGCGAAACAUUGUUGGUACCUUUCUGUUUAAGAAAGAAAACGCCAUAUAAGUCACUGAAGGAACCUGAAAAUGACAAAAGUAAUACUAAAUAAAAAUGUCUGUGUAUGUAUAUAUGCUUCAUAACAUUUACGCAAUAAAUAAAUCAUGAUGACAUAUUACUUGAAUUGAUGCCGAUGUGUCAUUUUGCCUGUUUCUCACUUUACACAAAUGAGCCUGUCACUUUGAAUUCAUGUGAUUAGUUUACACUCAAUAGCCCUCUCUUUUCCAGAGAUCAUUUUCCAGGACAUUUCCAAGACAUUUUCUGUGGAGUUCAAGCUAGGAUGACAGUCUAAAUUUAGUUCCUCAAUAGUCUAAUACAUCCCUCUCAGUAGAAGUCUACAGUGAUCAUAGAAUAAUGCAUCCACAGAUGAACAGCACCUCACUUAAUUAGUGCAACCAAGUCUGAUCUGAUACAAGUUUAUUAACACUGUUGUGAAUUGGCCUUUAUCACAUGAAAUAGUUGCAUCUCACUCUCACUUUUGCUGGGCUCAAAGCGGAACACAGACUUGGAAGUGCGAUCGCAACUCAGUUAGCAAGAAAGACAGACAGACAAGAGCGAUUGAGUGCAAGCUAAAAUGUCAUCAAAAACAUUACCGUAAACUCAGAGGUUUAAAAAACAGUAAACUGUCUUCUUGCGUGUCGAUGUCUAUUGUGAUCAGAGAUUUCUACAAUGUGCAGUUUCUGUGCAGCUGUGUCUGCCUAGAAUAGAAUAAUAAUAGUUUUAGUAACAGCCUAUCUUUUAAGGUUGAAUGUAGCCUAUUAAGGUAAAUACAGAUUACUGCAAGCCUCGUAACAUAGAAAUAACUUGUUGGUUCAAAAUAAUAUAAUGAGCUAAGAUAGCUUAAUGCCUAGAUUAGUACGGCCAAACCACUUUGUGUAGUUAAAAUAAAAUGUGGACAGCUUUUAAGAUAUUUCAGUAAAAUUACAGGAACAGUUCAACUUCAAAGUCUGAGCUUUAAAAUGCCCUAAACAGUGAACCUGACUCUUGACUCUGACCUUUCAUCUUCAUCUUCCUCUUGCUCCUUGCUGCUGGUGGAUGCUUUAAUCCAGGAAAGGGCUUAUUCCCCUGGGCUGCCUGCUGUAGCUCCCUUUCUUUUUUCCUUCUUAUCCUCUCCUUUCUAGGCAUUAUGCUGCAAUUGGUAAAUAAAAAGAGACCAACAAUAUAAAUAAGACUGUGAACUAAGACUGUAACUAAAUAUUCAUUUUACGUAAGUAUACUGAUAGAUUCACAUGCCGUAAGAUACCAAUGAGAAACUCUACCGGUGGUCAUCAUCACGUCAUAUCUAUCAUUGAUUCGGGGUCGCGUCUAGCUUGUUUAGCAGGUGAGCAGCUGGCUAAUUUAUGCCCAGCUGUGUGGCGUUGAGGCAGGCUACUUCACAACAGAGACAAAUCAAUGCAAGUUACAGCUCGGCAAUUGAGGCUUAGGGGGCAAACGACACACUCAACUCGAUUUAUUUAUGUGAUACCUGGCUGGUGGGCAGAGGUAGCCUGGCUGGGCCAUCCUGUGGCGUCAGUCACUUGACGUUCCUUCCCACCACAGUCUGGACUUCGGCCCGUUGGGAGCGUGUAUUCCCGAUCAGACAAUAACUGGGCAAAUCAGAUACCGUGGAGUUCGAGCUACGAUGACAGGAUGGCCCGGCCAGGCUAGCAGCUGUGCAUAGAGAUAGCCUACUUCAAGCUCGAUAAUUUUGUGUCACAAAUUUCGUUUUUAUUUUGUUUGAAAUAAGUUCACAGGUAUUAUUUGGUCGUUGUGUCAGGGAGAGCAGGUUUGUAUUAUUAUAACAGUAGGCUAUGGCUAUCGGCUAUGGCUAUCGGCUAUGGCUAACACGAACGAGAUAACGGCCCUGACUGUCCCCGAUAUCUGGGGACAGUCAGGGCCGUUUUGGCUGUCCUGUCUCCGGCUAAGGCUGUCCCCGGAAAUGUCCCCGAUUUAAGCAUUUUAUGAACAACAGAAAAAGUGUUUCGUAUAGACUACAACAACGGUUAUUACGGUGGGUGGGUAGCAGAGCAGUGGAACGGAGUGGCGACAACUUCAGAUCUCGCCGCCGGAGCGGUCACGUAGUUCAUGUACAACUCAAUAGUUGCAAACGCAGCCUGCACUGUCCAUGUUCUUCAACGGGACAGACUGCAGUGAGCACGCAUUUCAGAGGUAAAUAUUAAAGUUAACCGUAAAAAGUCAACAUCUGCAACUCUGAUUGGAUUACUGUGUACACGUAAAAGUCACAUAUGUGUAUUUAGUGGCUGGAUGACAAAUAAAAGUGAAUUAAGACAAGUUUGAUAACAGGUGUUACUUUGUAAUAAGAGAAAAUAAUACAAUAAAGUGGUACGUAACGUGUUAAAAGCUGUUCAAACAAUUGUGCAAUUUUUUGGUCUUGCAGCAUAGCCUGCAUGACAUUUUUCCAUGUUAAACAUGUGCAUUAAAUGCUGACAGAAUUUAAAAAGUAGCGGUCCCUUUACUCUAUCGUCCCAUAAGCAGAAAUCAAAUUACAUAGCACUUAUGUUAGUCUAAAAAGAAUAAAUUGCACAUGACAUUGGGUACCGAUAAAGGCUGAAAUCGAAAAUCAAGCCUAUAAGUAACCAUCUCAACAUUUGAUUGAUGAUGAUGAUUUAUCUGUGAUUCAUAAUUCAGUCACACAAUAUAUUUGCCAGGCCUCUACAGCUGAUGACGUCCAACUAGCAGGCCGUGGCUUAAAAAAUCUAUCCCAAUUCCUGACUAAAAAAACUUAAUUACAUUUGGGACAUACAUUUUUACAUAUAAAGGAGUCCCCGCGAUAACAAUAACACACAGAUUGGCAUUUAACUUGUUGAUAUUUUACCAUUUUACCUCGGUGAGUGCUUGCCUUGUGGCCAUAGAAGCGAACGGCAUCCGACAUGACAGGCGGUCAUGUUGGAACUAUUGAGAGUUCCAUAACCCGGAAUAAAUGUAUUAAACUUCAAUAUAAAUAUCUGUCUCCUUUCUCCGUUCUGUGAGCUAUAUGCGUAAAUGUACAUAUACAUACAUGUAAAUAAAUAAAUACCGCUCGGGAAACAGUGGCUUACAGAAGUGUUUCUCUCACUUUUAAGUUUUUGCUUCAGUAACCCCUUUUCAGAUUUUUGGAUGAAAGCCCCCUAUAACAGAGUACCACCUGUUGCUUAGAAAUUGAUGUCAUUGAUGUCAUGCAGAAAUCUUCUGUCUUCAUAUUUUACCUUUUUUUUUGUUAGAUGUGUGGACUUGUCUACCACAUACUUUAAAUGAAUAACCCACCUCAGGGACAAUAUCACAAAUGAAAACAGAUGAAACAACUGUUGUGCAGGACCUUUUUUUUUUUUUUCUCUCUCUCUCAAAGAAAAGCUGCAAUUUCAACAUGUCCAAGUGUUCCAGCUCAUAGCCACGUUAUUAAGGUUUUAUUGAACAAAAUCGUUUGUAAAUCUGUCAAGAUUUCAGCGAGUUAAGAGUAUUUUUGAUUCCACAGAUCGCCCCAUGUGGCGGCCAUCUUACCCAAGUAUACCAUUCUGACAGCUACUACAGAGUGAUCGUAUUGAAUACUGUAGUAAGAUGACCGCCUUGUAGGGACACCAGGGAUUUCGCCUCGAGUCAUCUAGCCUUUCUUACAGACAUCUAUGGUAGUGAUGAACACCUCCCACCACCAGCCCUCUUUGAAAAGAUUACGCACCGUUGUAAAGAUAGUUGCUCUCCAGGAAUACAGGGCAGAAAAUCAAAUUUUGCUCAGCAACUUCUCCUUUAAUGGUUUUAUUUUUAUCAUUAUUUUUGUAUUGUUGCACAUUAAUACUGAACUUACAGAAACUGAUAGAUUGAUAGAUAGAAAGAUAGAUAGAUAGAUAGGAAAGGAAGGGGGAGAGAGGGAUGGAGAGAAGACGAGGGAGGGGGGAGUGAGAGAAGAGCGAGGAGGAGGAGAGACAGAGAGGGGGGAGGGGGAGUGAGGGGGACAGAUGGACAAAUAAAAUGACAGAAAAAUACUUUACAUGUUUAUGCUUUUCAUUGCAGAAUGGCACUGAGGACACUUUUAGAGACCCGGCCAGCCUCCCCAUACACCAGGCUACCACCACUCCACGUGGUGUUCCUGAAAAUUGAGGAUACCCCGAAAGUGGUGUCUUGGUCCUUUGAGGGGCCAUCAGCAAGCCCGACCUGCAUCAAGCAGAACAAGACGGCCAUAAUAAGCGAUGGGCAGAGCAUAACAAAGAUAACUCUUUUCGAGGCUGUGGCGGGAAAAGUGGUAGAGGGGGGGGCUUAUUACAUGCGGGGCCACACCCUGAUGGGAAAGUCCCCACCUUUUUCCAUCAAUGUUGGGAGCGGGACCCAGUUCUACCAGGGCAGUAAAAUUGCCUGCCCCCCAGAGCUCAUGUUAAGAGCAGAAGCCCUGCUGCACCCAGCCUCACCACCAGUCGCACUCCAUCAGUGCCGGGAGCAGCAGGGCCUGAUGUCCCUGGAGGGAGUGGUCGUUGAGGUCAGUAUAGGCUUUUAUGUUACAGCCGUGGAUCUGGGAAUCUGGGAAAUAAAAAACCACAAAUAACAAGAAAAAAAUUACAUUCUCAAAUAUAUAAAUUACUAAAUACAGUUUCUCCUCUUGUUUAGCUCUCUGCUGUGAAAAGGGUGGAGUCAGCGAGAGAGGCUGUGCCUCUUAGAAAGCUGGUUCUGCAGCAGGUAACUGCAUCUGCGGAAAAUUGAUGGUACUAGGCCUGUCACGAUAACAAAUUUUGCUGGACGAUAAUUGUGCUACAAAUUAUUGCCGAUAAACGAUAUUAUUGACACCGUUUUUUAAAUUAUAGAUAAUGAUAUUAAAUGGCAUAAUAAUGCGAGUACACCGUGUCAAAAGUGAUAAACUUUAAUUUCACCCACGACGAAGACGUGAGAUGACUAAAAUGUGAUGAGACGAAAGUGCGUUUACGUUGAUGGGACGAGACGAAAAUGACAAACAGAGUUGCAAAACUCAGUCAGUUAAACGCUCAACAUAUAGGAGCAGCUUCAGUCCGCUCUGACAGCUCUCAUCAGCCUGCUGUGCUCCUCCAACACACAGACACAGACGCGCGCGCACACACGUGGAGUUUUGUGGUUGACGAAAACAAAACUGGUUUAAAGCCGAAAUAUACCCACACUUGGGCUGUUGCGUUCGGUUUAGACACCAAAGCUGUCGUGUUCAUUCUGUUUGCUUGCUUUUCACUCACGACGCUCACUUGCAGCACUGUAUCCAAAAGUCUGUGUCUGUGUGCCUGUGGGCGCCUACGUAUACCUGUGCGCGCGCCCCCCCGUGACAAAGAUACUGAAUGACUGACAGGAGGGUUCACUAACGCCGUUCAUUCCUCUAUAGAGCCAACGCGCGCAGAGUGAGACCUCUUCUCUCAUCCAGCGUGUUUGGUAGCGAAAGAGGAGGAAAACAAACGCACGUCAAUUAUCGAGGCUGGCAAAAUGACCGACCUCGUUUUUAUUUACUGAGCGAUAAGGCGAUUUAUUGAUUAUUGUGACAGGCCUAGAUGGUACCCUUCUGUUUAAGAAGGAAAAAGCCAUAUAAGUCACUGAAAGACCUGAAAAUGACAAAAGUAAUAGUAAAUAAAAAAAUGUCUGUAUGAAUGUACCCUGGCAAAUAUUUAAUUAUAUCCUUUCAUGGGACAGCACUAAAGAAAUGACACUUUGCUACCAUGUACAGUAGUCAGUGUACAGCUUUUGUAACGGUGUAAAUUUACUGUCCCCUCAAAAUAACUGAACACACAGCCACUAAUGUGUACACCCCUGGCACCAAAAGUGAGUAACUAAGUGAAAAUGUCCACUGAUGUGACUUAAUCAGCUUGAUAUCAAAUUUCCCCUAGGGGUUCAAUCAAGUUCUUUUUAUCUUAUCUUACUUUUCUCAUACAUUAUUGCUUAGUUUAGCACCAUGCAUCUGCUCAGCCCCUCUGAUUUAAAUGAGACGAGAGCCUGUGGUAUUUUUUAGUGUCACAUGUAUUGUGACUCCAGACAAUAAGGUGGUCCCUUACCUUUCACAGGAAAAAUCCUUUGUAAAAGUCUCCUUGUGGAGGGAGGCAGCCCUGGAGCCCCUCGCGGUGGGAGAGACCAUAUCCAUAUCCCAUCUGAAAACACAAAGGAGUGAUUAUGGGCUUGUGGUUAACUCCACCGGCUUCACGAAAAUUGAGGUAAUUUUUUGUUGUUGUUGUAAGGUGAACACACUUUUUGAAAAAUGUAACUCCCAUUUUUUCUCCUACAGCUGGUAAUUUACAGAAUCACAAUAAAGUAACAAAGUUUAAUAUCAAUGAAAUUAAUCAUCAAUUGGUAUGAAGAUUUACACACAUGGACAAAAUUGUUCGCAACCUUAUGUUAAAGAAAGAAAAACCCACAUACAGCACAAAACCGCAUUUGCCCCUUUCUAAUUUCUUUUACUUUUGCAUAUUUAAGUCAAAGACAGCUAGAGUAAAUACAAAAUGCAGUUCACAAAUGAGUUUAUUUAUUGGGAAAAGAAAGUUAUCCAUACCUACCUGACCCUAUGUGAAAAAGUAAUUGUGCCCCCUCUUGUCAAAUGACAUAUGAACUGUGACCCCCCCCCCCCCCUUUUUUUUUUUUUCUUAAAAUAGUGGAGUUAAAUUUCAUUAUUAAUACCCAGACCUGAUUAGUCACAGAGAGUCCCUGUGAUGACGCUCGGCUCAAACAACGUAUACCCUGGGGGAGCUACGCAGUCCCUGAACGCCCAUAGGCUGUAUCAGGUGUCAAUCAUAGAAAACAUGAACCCCCUAAUAACUUUUAAAAACGGAGCUUCACAGAAAAAAGAGGACUUGAGCACAAACCAGUCCUACUGUAACUACAUGUCAACAUCACAAGCAGGGGGGAAAAAAUUAUGUUCUGUGUAAUAAAUUUCAAAAGUUUGUCCACAGCUCCAUAAGCUUUGCUGGCAGAAGUGGGAUUUAUGACCUAUACUGCAGCCCAUCAACAGAGGGUGCUGUUCUCGGAGUGGCUUCACCCAGCAAGGAGGCAGACUCUGUCCAUUCUAUAUACAGUCUAUGCUUCAAACCUGACACCACUGAAACAGUUUGCUCCCCAGGAGUGGGCCAAAACACCUGUGGACAGGUGCACAGGUCUCUCUGAGAGAAACAGAAAUCACUUGAUGGCAGUGAUCGCCUCUAAAGGUUGUGCAACAUUGUAUACAGUUAAAGGUUCCAUCAAUUUUGUCCAUGCCAGUUUUGAUAAAAAAAAAUUCUUGAUUUUUAAGUGUGUUUAAAUGUGUCAGUUUCAUACAUUUACAUUUUAAAAAGUACUUCUGUUAAACCAAAAUUCAAAUCCAAUGUCACAAUUUCAUUAGUUAAUUUUCUGUUUAAAGGGGACCUGCCAUAAAAAUGUAAUUUUUUUUUUUUUGUGUGUCAGAUAAGGUCCAUAUUAUGUUCGUAUUAUGUUUCAAAUGUGAAAACAAACCAUUACGUCGUUUGCAUUCUGUAAAGGUUUACAAUAAAGGAAAGAGUAAACCAGGCCGAUUGAAAACGCAGGUCGGUGUUACGUUGCGCCGACCUUGCUCAUUAUUAUUCACGAGCGCGUCCUCGGUGAGCCGUGCCCACUCUCUCGUUCCCGUACUCAGUCACAGCCAGAGCGAGACCCAGCUACCGCUGUAUCCGCUAUGGGUCUCUUCCAAACGACUGGUGUUUCCUUUGGUUCACUGCCGGGAAAAUGAACUUAAAGCUGGGCAGAAUGAAUGAGAAAACACCGCUUGAGAUCUCCGGCUUCUUCCUCAACUUCCACCUCCUCUUCGGACUCGGGGUCUAAAAUAUAUGGUUUAAUACCUGCCGUUUUUAGCCUUUAGCAUAAGGUGACCAGACGUCCCCGAUUUCCGGGGACAGUCCCCGUUUUGGAUGACCUGUCCCCGGCAAAAGCUGUCCCCGAAAAUGUCCCUGAUUUAAGCGUUUCAUGAAUGAGAGCAAAAAUGUUGCGUGUGGGCUCAAACAACGGUUAUUACAGUAGCCGAAUAGGUAGGAAGCACAAGUUAGCAGUCCUGAACAACAGUUCUUACGGGGUUAUUACAAGCGGCAUGCGCUGCUACUAAAUAGUACCGAGACUUUGUCUGUGAUCACGCAGCCCCUGCACCGCCGCCGCCGCCGCAUCGAAUAUCCCCGGAUAUCAUUACAGACAUUCGGGCACCUUACUUUAGCACACAUUAGCAUAUGCUAUUAGCAUUGACAUAAUAACAAUGGAUAAACCGAAAUCCGAACCUCCACUGCUGAGCCAAUCAGAGCACAGCAGGCUUCACAGCAGCGAUCCAAUCAGAUCAAAGCUCAUUACCAUAAAUGUUAAAGGGGACCUGCCACCAAAAUUUCAUACCCAUUUUUAUCAUUUUUUCAUCAUCCUUGAUGUCCUCUGAUCAUGUUUGCAACAUAAUUUUAGCUGAAAAGUUAGUUGAUGGUUUGUUUUAGUAUGCCUAAAAAACCUUACAGGAAAAACCAACUGGUUUUGGCUCAUUAACAUUUAUGGUAAUGACCUUUGCUCUUCCAAAUAAUCUAAUUCCUUACCUGUGUUUGCUUAAUUUGUCUACAGACGCAGCAGACGAGCCAGCACCUCGAGAUCGUUGGUGUCCUCAAGGAGGAAGGGGCCACAUCCAGCAGCGGCCCCCAUGAGGAAUCCUACGAGGUGCUUUUAGAGAGUGGGGAGACUCUCCAAAUUGCGAAGGCCUUGUGGGACCCAUCAUUCGAUGAGGCCAUACAGGAGGGCGCCCUGAAAGUUACAGCCACUGUGAAGGGCAAAAACAUAUCAAAAAUGUCAAUUUUGUAAAUACUUUGUUAAUAGUUCAAUGUUAUGUGUUUCGAC